AUGCCGCUCCACAUCUCAAAGGAUGAGAUAGCUGCGCGAAUGGCAAUGUCCAUGAACAACUCGAGCCUCUCCAAUCUCUUCGAACCGUUCCAGUACCGCCCACCCGACAGUGUCGAUCCCAACGUGACACAUACCCAACACACCUUCAUCCGCCCGCAACUCGGCGCGGUCAAUCAUUUCCUAAGCACACCCCAGUCAGCCCAACAACAUCAACCGCAUGUAGAUCGACAUGGAGCCGGCGCCGGCGCUACUCCACACCUGCAACCACAAGACGGAGCCCCAGGUCAGAUCAGCUUACAGCAAUCGCGAGACUUCAACAAUGGGAUUGAUGGUAGCGCGCAUCUAGCACAUAUGCGAGGCGUCUUGCAGGGCUCUGCUGCUGGACAAAUGAUGCCGCCGACGACACUGUCGCAAAGCGGACUUGCGAUUGGGAAUCCCAAUAUCGCGCACCCGACCCAGAAUAAUGGACUGGCGAUGCUCCAGUCGCCGUCUCAACCGUUUCAACCGGAAUUUACCGCGCUAGAUGCUGAGCCUAUUGGUCCGGUGACUUUCAGCACAACUUCGGAAGAAGCUGGUAUGAAGAUUAUCCCGGAUCCUCCUAACUUGGAGUAUUGGCGGAAUAGGCUGUUCAACGUUGAUGAAAUGAUCACCUUGAGCGAGGAGGAGUUCCAGACUUAUUUUCCGCACGUUGACAAUGUGUACUCGCAUCGCUCAACGCAACGCUACAAAAGUAGACCGUUUGUCUCUCAUUACUGGGACUGUCGACUAAGAGGACGGCCUCCUGGUACUCCCAAAUCGGAUAACCCAGACAAAAAGAAACGUAAACGCACGGCCAGAGAGCGAGAUCUUUGCCAUGUCAAAAUUAAAGUCGUGGAAUACUUUCCUCAAGCAGAGUCAAACACGAAUAUUAUGCCCGUAACCUCGACUCCUCCACCUCCUCCAGCUCCAACCACCGUCCCUGGUAUAUUCACAUGGGCUCUGGAUAACCCGGAAUCUACGAGAAAAAGCAGUGGUCAAGCAUUUCAAACGAUCACUCCGAGUCACAGUCUUCCACCAAACCAUCCAGGUGCUAAAGGGGCGAGAUACUAUACUAUCCAACGAGUGAAUGGUAACGGCGCAAAUGGGAAGAAUGAUGGUGUGACUGGUGGUCAUCGACAUACACUAGAGGAGAGCGACCGCGUCAAGAAGAAUAGUGUUCAGCGAUAUCUGAAUAGGGAAACGAAGGACAAGAGAAAUAAAAUGGAACACGUCAUGUCCUCAGGCCGGGAUCAAAAGUCAUACCAUACAAAAGCGACAGGCCUGGCCGCUGAGACAGUGGACAAACACUCCGCCGAGUCCAAACUCAAGCUUUAUGGAAGUUGUUUCUGCCCCUUUGUGCAGCGGGUAUGGAUUGCAUUGGAGUUGAAAGGUAUCCCGUAUCAGUAUAUUGAAGUCGACCCGUAUCAAAAGCCCGAUUCCCUGCUGGAGGUGAAUCCAAGGGGACUUGUUCCAGCAUUGCGACAUGAUGACUGGGGAUGCUAUGAAAGCAACGUGUUGUUGGAAUAUCUCGAGGAUUUGAACACUGGAACUGCAUUGCUACCGCGAGAUGCGAAGCUGCGUGCUCACUGCCGACUGUGGGCAGACCAUAUCAAUCGGCAUAUUGUGGCGAAUUUCUACCGCGUUCUGCAGGAGCAGAACCAGCAGACACAGAUCCAAAAGGCGCAAGAUCUGCGAACUUCAAUCGACCAGUUGCUGGAAGCGGCACAUCCCAAAGGACCAUUUUUCAUGGGCGCGCAAAUGAAUCUUGUAGAUGUCCAAGCUGCGCCAUGGAUAAUCCGGCUGAAAAGAGUCCUGAAACCAUACCGCGACUGGCCAGAUGCCGAAGAGGGAAGUAGAUUAGCGGCUUGGGUGGAUGCAAUUGAAAACGAUCAGCAUGUCCAGGCGACAACUAGCACCGAUGAGCUGUACCUCGACAGUUACCAGCGCUAUGCCCAGAACCGCCCGAACACAUCACAGGUCGCGAAUGCGAUCAACUCAGGAGAAGGUCUUCCCUGA